UGGACGGCGUCACGUGCAUCGUUUUUUAUUAAAUAAACACUGGCGCUAUUUCAUACUAUUUUACAAGUAGAGAAAUGUUAUAACAUUUGGGCAUAAAAAUUAACAAAUUUGAAUUUUUUAUUUUAUUUUGAUUAUUUCCUGAAUUAUGAGUACAUUAAAUGAAAAAUCAGAAAAUCAUUCAGAUGAUAAAACAAUGAUUUCGAAUGAAAAUAUAACGAAAAGUAAAGAAACAUGUAUUGAAACUGAGAAACAUGAAGAGUAUCAGUAUUUGAAUUUGAUUGAGACAAUAAUUAAAACAGGAAAUGAAAAGGAUGAUCGUACCGGUGUGGGCACGUUGUCUAUCUUUGGAACUCAUAUGCGAUUUAAUCUACGAAAUGGUGUGUUUCCAUUAUUAACUACAAAACAAGUGUUUUGGAGGGGAGUAGUAGAAGAAUUGUUAUGGUUUAUAAAAGGAUCCACAAAUGCAAAAGAGUUAUCAGAGAAGAAUGUUCAUAUUUGGGAUGCAAAUAGUUCGCGUACAUACCUAGAUUCUUGUGGAUUUACUGACAGAGAAGAAGGAGAUCUGGGACCUGUAUAUGGAUUUCAAUGGAGACAUUAUGGAGCAGAGUACAAGAACAUGCAUACUAAUUAUAAAGGGCAAGGCAUUGAUCAGCUGAAUGAAGUUAUAAACAAAAUAAAACAUUCUCCUAAUGAUAGGAGAAUAAUAAUGUCAGCAUGGAACCCAGUUGAUAUACCAAAAAUGGCUUUACCUCCAUGUCAUUGUUUUGUACAGUUUUAUGUAAGUAAUGGAGAAUUAUCGUGCCAGUUGUAUCAAAGAAGCGCCGACAUGGGUCUUGGAGUACCAUUUAACAUAGCAUCGUAUUCACUGUUAACUUACAUGUUAGCUCACGUUACAAAUCUAAAGCCAGGUGAAUUUGUACAUACAAUGGGUGACUGUCAUGUCUACCUUAAUCACAUAUCUGCGCUUGAAAAGCAAAUUAAACGUGUGCCAAAACCAUUUCCACAUUUAAAAAUAGUUAGACAUAUAGAAAAUAUCGAUGAUUUUGUGGCAGAAGAUUUUCAACUCAUUGGAUAUGAACCACAUGCAAAGAUAUCUAUGCCAAUGGCUGUUUAACAGGAUUCUUAAAUCAUGAUCAAAUUAUACCCAAGGUAAAUAAAAUUAUGAUUAAACUGUUUUUACAUUUCUUUCAAAACAUAAUAUCAAUAUUAAGAACAUAAUUUUGUUGACUUACAUUAAAUCAAUAUUUUUAAUUUUAAUCUUGUCUAUACUUUAUUUUCUAAUAAAAAUUAUAUUUUUAAUAUACUCAUAUCUUAAUAAUUUUAUAUAUUUAUUUAUACUUAUAUUUAUAUUUAUAUUCAUAUAUCUAUAUCAAUAUUUUUUUGUCAGUACCAGUUCUUAAUGUGGUCCAUACAUGCCUGUUACAGCUCUGAUUUUAACAAUUAUAAAUCAUAAAUGUUUCCUGUGACAGUAUGGAGAACAAAUUAAAGUUUAAAGAAUGUAACUGACAAGCAUGGACGAUAAAAGGCCUUAUGUAUGGAACUUCUAAAUUUAAUAAAAUGUUCUUCCUAUACAAUA